CGAGAAUGCGCAAUGCUGUGCUCAUUCACUCGAGAUAUGUAGCUUCUCUCACAGUAAAUACUAUCAACAUUAAAAAUAUUUAAAACUGUUUAUACAAAUAUGAAUCUGCAAGUGUUCCUUUGUGUUUUAUGUGUUGUGCUUUAUUUAUUAUAUGCCUACUCGAAAUAUAAACGUUCUUAUUGGAAGAGGAGGAAUGUACUACAAGGAGAAACGCAUUUCUUUUUCGGUAGCAUUAAAAACACUAUCGUAGGAGAUGUACCGAUGAGUUCGAUGGUUUCGGAUAUUUACAACAAAGCUAUAAAGGAAGGUCGCAAAUUUUUCGGUUACUACAAAUUUUUAGCUCCAGCUUUCGUUCCCGUCGACUUGGAAUUGGUGAAAUGUAUCAUGCAAACCGAUUUUCAACAUUUCGUCAAUCGCGGUAUUCUUGUAGACGAAGACGCCGAUCCGUUGAGUGGAAAUUUAUUCAAUCUAAACGACGACAAAUGGAGAGUUAUGAGAUCUAAAUUAACAGCAGCUUUUACUUCUGGUAAAAUGAAGAUGAUAUUUCAGACAAUGGUUGAGAAUACAAUAAGUUUACAAACUGUUUUAAACGAGCACGCUAUAGUUAACGAAUCUGUAGAAAUGAAAGAUUUGUUAGCGAGAUUUACCACUGAUAUAAUCGGUAAUGUUGGUUUCGGUUUGGAAGUUAAUAGUAUAAAUAAUCCUGAUUCGGAAUUCAGGAGACAAGGAGUUCGAGCAUUCAAAUUUGGUCUCAGAUUGAAAAUAAAGAUUCUAUGCACGAUGCUGUUUCCAGUAAAGCUGAUCAAACUUUUUAACAUAUCAUUCACUCCUGCUGAUGCAGAAAUGUUCUUUAUCAAAUUGGUUCAAGACACGGUAAAUUACAGAGAGAAAAACAAUGUGUUUAGAAAGGAUUUCCUCCACCUACUUAUCCAAUUGAAAAAUUUCGGCAGAGUAACGAAUAUCGAUGAAUCCCAAUUAGUCGAUAAAGACGGAAAAAGCGUCGAAUGUCUUACUAUAAACGAAAUGGCAGCACAGGCGUUUGUAUUCUUUUUGGCUGGAUUUGAAACCUCUGCCACAACUAUGACUUUCAUCCUCAUCGAAUUGUCGCAAAAUCCAGAAAUUCAAGACAAAGUUAGAAAAGAAAUCCAGACCGUUCUUAAGAAAUUCGAUGGCAAAUUAACUUACGAAGCAAUCGGUGAAAUGGAGUACCUUGAGAAAGUAGUAUCAGAAUCUCUUCGAAAACAUCCACCUCUUUCGCUUAUCCCACGAAUUUGUACUAAGGACUACAAGGUUCCAGAUACCGAUUUAAUUAUAAAGGCUGGUACAUCUGUUGAUAUUCCUGUACUCUCAAUUCACAGAAAUCCAGAGUUUUAUCCGGAUCCGGAAAAAUUUGAUCCAGAGAGAUUCUCUCCGGAAAAUAAAUCGGCAAGGCAUCCAUUCGCGUAUUUACCUUUCGGCGAAGGUCCUAGAUUAUGUAUAGGACUAAGAUUGGGAAAACUGCAAGUCAAAGUGGGAAUCUGCGCUAUUUUGAGCAAAUUUCGCGUUCAAUUGAACGAAAAAACUCAAAUGCCUAUUACAUAUUUGCCUGGAAUCAUAUCAGUGGCGAAAGGAGGAGUGUAUCUUAAUUUUGAAUCGAAAUAAAUAUAUGUGAUGUCUAAAGGACAUUUAGUUGGUGUUUGGUGUUUAUUAAUUUUUUUAUGCAGCGUUGGUAUUUUUUAGAUACUUAAUUGGUGUAAGUU